CUCGUCGCGGGGUUGUUCUCGACAGAUUCGGGAGAGCGACUCCGCGCCACGAAUCGCCUCAAAUCUCUGACGGAUGUCGAGAAUGCACCGAUCGGCUUCGCGGUCAGAACAGAGGGAGUGGUGCCGCGCUUCGUCGAGUUCCUGAAUUGCACCGAGCGCGAUUCCGAUUCCAUUGGACUCCAGUUCGCGGCCAUAAACGUGCUCGGCGACAUCGCGGAGGCGGGGCACCCGGACGUCGUCGUUGAGGCGGGCGCUCUACCCAUAUUUUGCCGGCUGAUUUCGUCGGCCGCCGAAACGCCCGACGAUCCCGAGUGUGCCGAAUUUGAGCAUCUCAGGCUGGCCAUCUGGGCUCUCGGCACAAUCGCUGAGGACGGCCCGACGAGCCGAGAACGCGUGUUUCGCGAGGGCGUGAUGGCGACCCUUUUUGGAAUGCUCGACGCGACGGACUCGGACAUGUUGGGAACGGUGACGGCGACGCUAAAUAUCCUCUGUGAGUCCCCCUCUGUGGGGGGGUCAGCCCUGCCUGAUGACGUGUUUGACAGUAUACGGCCCGCGCUCCCGCUUCUCACUCGACUCAUCCACUCGACCGACGAGGAGCUGCUGAUCGAUGCAUGCGGUGCCCUGGCGAAUCUGACUACGGGUGAACCCGAGGUCGUCGAAGCCAGGGUCCAAGCUCUCAUGGAAGCGGAAACAGACUACUGCCGUCGCUUGGUGGAGCUCCUGGGGCACCCGUCGCCGAAUGUUCGGGCCAACGUGCUAACUACGUUGACCAGCGUCACUAGCGGAAGCGAAGCCCAAGUGCGGAUAGUCCUCGACUUGCAUAUGCUUUCCGGCCUGCUCCCGUUCCUCAGCGACUGUGAGACGGACGCGCGCGACGAAGCGUGUCGCGUCCUCGGGAACGUCGCGGCCACCGAAUCUGUCGACGUCCAAGACAUCAUUGACGCGAAUUUUAUUCCACCGCUCGUCCAGCUCCUGAGUGUGCCUGAGCUUGAACCUCAAGAGGAGGUCGUCUGGGCCCUUAGUGCCAUAGCGGAGCGUUGCUCGAUCCAGCAGAUCGAGGUCCUCGUCGACGCGGGCUGCGUCCUUCCACUCUGCGAGCUGCUC